ACCUCACCAAAAUAAAUUUCUACUUGGCCAAUAUAGUUGCUGUAAUGCUGGGAAGCAGAAGUGACAAGAGAAGGAAAUGCGCAUCUAGUUGCAGGAUGAUUUAUUAAACAAAUCAAGCAAAUACCAGGAGACAAACUAGGCAGGAUCACAGGUGCCGUCUACACUCAUUUUAGAACAACUGAAUCACAGAAGUUAUACACACGACUGACACGAUUAUAAGAUAACAAAACACACUUGAGGGAGACUAAUCAUGGGAAACUGACUACAAAGAGAGCACAAGAAACACUUCAGUAUACAAGUUCAGAGAAAUCACAGGGAACAUGUGACAGCUUUGGAGUUGAAGCCAUGACUUCCUUUACAAGACUUGCCAUGUUGUGCAAUUGGUUAUGAACAUUUGAACAUUGCUUGAUAUUACACUGUUCAAGUCUGGAACCACAAAGUAUGGUUACCACCUCAUAACCCCAGGUAAAAUACGUUGCUAACCCCAUUUCUAAAUUGCAAGUGUGAAACAUUCCCUUACCAGGGGAUAAAAGCAGGCUUAGAACAAUGAUCACCUGUGGUGUGAAAAGCCCUAUAGUACUAACACUGUCUUGCUACAUAAGUCUUUGGAAGUAUUCUUGCAUACUGGCAGCUCUCGUAAAUUGCUGGUUGCUUUACAGUUUGCCUGUCUAUUUGAACAAUGUUUCAUAAGCAUGUAAAUGAUGGUGACUCUUUAUUAAUUUUGUAACUUUUAAUUGUAUUAAUUUAUUUUGCUUUCAAGGUAUUAAAUAUGUCUCAAGUAGCUGAUAUACAGAUCCCGCUUGAGCCUUUCAAAAAUGAGAACCAGACAAUUGGCGUAGUCACCUACGAUUCUGAUCAGCAUUUUAAGCUUAAAGUUGUAAAUAAAACAUUUUUCUCCAAAGUCAUACGGAUUGAAGUCCCUGGACGUGACAUUUCAAAUUUGAAUAAUCCACUUAAAAUGAGGUUCAAACUUAACAAACCUGACGACAAUGUGUCCUGUCAGUUCUACAUUGAAAAGGGUUCUGUUACAGACGGAUUCUGGAGUACAGCUGGCUGUCUUACCAACAAAACCAGCGAUGAUGUUGUGGAGUGCUCCUGUGACCAUAUGACCCCCUUUGCUGUGCUUCUAGCUGAUGUGAAAAACAUUGAUGGACCGCAUUGGGAAAUCUUGUCGUACAUCAGCUAUGUAGGCUGCGGUCUGUCUGCGUUCUUUUCUGCCUGUACUGUCUUGUCAUUCAUUUUCAGCAGUAACGCGAGGGCAGAAGUGUCCAACAGCAUCCACGUGUCUCUGAGUGCUGCUCUGUUUCUCCUCAACCUGAGCUUCAUGUUCAGCGAGUGGGCCGCCACACUGACAGUGAAUGAAGUGUGUGUGUUUAUUGCUGUGAUGAUACACUACAGCCUGCUGUGCUCUUUCACCUGGAUGGCUAUCGAAGCCAUGCACCUCUACCUUCUUCUCAUCAGAGUGUUCAACAUUCACAUCAGACACUACAUGGUCAAGUUGUCCCUGAUCGGAUGGGGAGUCCCUGCUGUUAUUGCUGGAGGCUUGCUGUCAGCUAGUAACAUUUAUGGGAUGCAGGAAACGGCAUUAUCUGAUACGAAUACAAGAAAUCAAUUUUGCUGGAUCAAAGAACGUGCCGUCCUGUAUGGCGUGAAUAUUUCCUACUUCUCCAUCAUAUUCAUGUUCAACUUAGGAAUCCUAGUCACGGUGUCCAGACAGAUCUUUAAGCUACGACGUGUGGGCAGAAGGCAUAACAAGAUGCCAAUUUGGAAGGAUACUGGGACAGUGCUGGGCCUCAUGUGUCUGCAGGGUACAACAUGGGGUUUGAUCUUCUUCAGCUCUGGAUAUAUCAACUACCCAAUACUCUACCUAUUCUGCAUCUUAAACUCAAUGCAAGGGUUUUACAUCUUUGUGUGGAUGUGUGCUUCAGCGAGGAAAAACAGAGCACAAGCACCUAAUUCCAAGUCUAAAUCCACUCAGGACACCUCCAAAUAAGCUCUUCCCGUGCGGUUUUCUUACUAAAACUUUUAAAACCAACACACACCACAACAUGCAACCAAAAAAAAAAAAACAUUCAAGAAUUCAGGUCAUCAUGGGCUGUUCGGUUAAAAUGUUAUUUGCCAGAGAACUUCC